AUGGCGGCAAACUAUGAGUCAAGUUCAAUAACAGUAUUAUGUGACCACUUUGUAACUGGUGCGCCUCAGGCUGAAUGGGUUGCAGCCGGUGUAGAUGGAUUAUUCAAUGUAAGUUCAAUAACAAUGAAUUUGCCAAUUGUCUCAAUCAGUGACACUGUCGACAAGAUUCAGAUGGCAGACGAACUGAAAAAUGGCUCUGGUAUGGAUAAAGUAAAUACAGCGUUGGAACUCGCUCGUUGUACAGGUGACGUUACACAUUUACUUCACGCAUAUACUGUUGAGAGCAUUUUUUAUCGAGUGCUUAAUCGGACACUGGCAAAUCAGCUUCCGUCGACAGAUCUCACCGAACUAAUUUCUAUGUUUAACGCGUUGAAGAACGGUACUCAUAAGAAAGCAACACUAAACUGGGCACUAUGCUAUGCUAGUACCAUACGACACGCUUGCAUCUCUCCAGAGUCGUCCCUCAAAUACUACUUUGGUAAAACCUAUCGUGGUAUAAAUGUUACCGAGCAAGAUUUGCUGGUGUAUCAUGUCAACUCGUUUAUUAUACAAAAAACGUUUGCAUCGACAUCAAAAGACCGUUCUGUCGCUGAAUGUUUUGUCGUAUCGUCUGGACCUGGACAAAUACCAGCGAUAUGCACAUAUGUUCUUGACGAUCCCGAUAUGAAAUUUUUUAUUGAUAUAGGAGAUAUGGGUGCUAUUCGCGGCGAAGAAGAAGUGCUCAUUUUACCAUUUUCUAUGUUCAUGAUAAGUAAAAUUGAUCGAACUAAAAAUAACAAUUUUAUAGAGAUAGAACUGACGGUUCCAACGACAACUCGAAUUGAAUCGUUAGAUUUAAAUGAUUGGGAACCUUCAGACAAUAUGAUAAAUUGGGCUAUGAACCUUAUCGACAUUCCCACCCUCAUGGCUGGUAUUGAUAUUGAUGAUAUGACUUCAGAUUAA